AUGGAAGCUGAAGGCCGUUUCCUCCCUAGCCCUGUUAGUCCAGCUGGCCCUGUUAGUCCAGCUGGCCCUGUUAGUCCAGCUGGCCCUGUUAGUCUGGCUGGCCCUGUUAGUCCGGCUGGCCCUGUUAGUCUGGCUGGCCCUGUUAGUCUGGCUGGCCCUGUUAGUCUGGCUGGCCUUGUUAGUCUGGCUGGCCUUGUUAGUCUGGCUGGCCGUUUCAGUCCGGCUGGCCUUGUUAGUCUGGCUGGCCGUUUCAGUCCGGCUGGCCCUGUUAGUCCGGCUGGCCGUUUCAGUCCGGCUGGCCUUGUUAGUCCGGCUGGCCGUUUCAGUCCGGCUGGCCCUGUUAGUCCGGCUGGCCGUUUCAGUCCGGCUGGCCCUGUUAGUCCGGCUGGCCCUGUUAGUCCGGCUGGCCCUGUUAGUCCGGCUGGCCGUUUCAGUCUCCCUGGCCCUAGUAGUCCGUGGCUAGUGGCCGUUUCAGAUUCUAAGGGAAACUCCUUAAAUACAUUGUUUAGAAAGGAAUCUAUGGUCGCCGCCUGA